AUAUCUUAUAAAUUAAUGAAAAUAUAUAGUCAAAGUUUGACCGACAAAAAUAUAAAAACAGACAGAGUAAGAGUCUUCAUUUUUAUUCUCCAAACAAUGAAACAAUAACUUUACUUCACUUAAUUUCCCCAAAGUCACAAGAAUUCAUUUUUAUUCCCCAAACAGACUUCACUUUAUUUCCCCAAAGUCACAAGAAAUAAUCUAAAGCAAGAUCUACCUCCUUUUCCCCCAAAACUAAAAAGUAUUUAUUCUUUGUAAUAAUAAAAUCAGGAAAAAAUAAUAAAAAAAAUCAAGGAAAAUCUCCAUUAAUUUCCUUUAUCUCUUUCCUCUACCAACUGCUACACAGAGCUCACACCUCACUGGUACACCACUACCUAGGAGUAAGAGCUCACUCCCUCCAAUUCCACCUACCUCAAUUCAUCUCAAUCCCUUCAAAUUUUCCAACAAAUUCCCACCAUUUUCAAUGGCAAUGUCAUUUACAAUGGGUCUAAACUUCCUUCUCUUAGUAGCAAUGGUUGCUACAAACAUUCUCUCACUUUACCACCUUUCUUCCACUACCUCUUUCCUCCGCCCUAAACCACCUUCCCCCACCACCACCGCCGUCCCCCAACACCUUCUUCGUCAACUCCAAACCAUACGCGCCACCAUUACCCACCUCACGCGCCUCCACCCUGAUAAAACCUCGGCUUCGGCUUCGACCAACCCCACCAAAACCCCACCUUCAGAUCUCCUCAUUUUCAGCAAUCUUGCUCCUAUUGCUUCCUCUUGUCAUGAUUUUCCUGAUCUUCUUCAUCAAUACAUGAAUUACACCCCUUUUUCUACUUGUCCUAAAGAUAAUAAUCUUGCUGAAUCUUUGAUUUUAAGAGGUUGCCAUCCACUUCCUCGGAGGAGGUGCUUUUCUAGGACUCCAUCGAAUCCGAGGUUGUCGAAUCCUGAUUCGAAUGUGAUCUGGGGUUCGUACCCUUCUGCUACUUGUAAAAGUUUCAAGUGCUUAAACCCUAAAUUGGGUUUUGACCCAAAUCUUGAUUCAACCCAAUUUUUGUCUUAUAAAACUGAUCUUGAUCUUACAAUUCCACAGCUUAUCGAUAUUGCUAAAAGGGCUAAUUCUGUGAUUAGAUUAGGGGUUGAUGUUGGGGGUGGAACAGGAACUUUCGCGGCAAAAAUGAAAGAGAGGAAUGUUACUAUUUUGACUACAACAAUGAAUUUGGGUGCUCCUUAUAGUGAGUUUAAUGCUAUUAGAGGGGUGGUGCCAUUGCACGCGCCACUCCAGCAACGAUUACCGGUUUUCGAUGGGGUUAUCGACUUGGUUCGAUGUGGGCACGCCGUGAAUAGGUGGAUUCCGACUACGGCGAUGGAGUUUCUAUUGUUUGAUGUUGAUAGAGUGUUGAGGGGUGGUGGGUAUUUGUGGGUUGAUCAUUUCUUCUGUAAAGGGGGUGAUUUGGAGAAGGUUUAUAAGCCAUUGAUUAAUAAAUUAGGGUAUAAGAUUGUGAAAUGGGCAACUGGGAGUAAGAUGGAUUCAAGUGGUGUGAAGAAUGGAGAGGUUUAUUUGACGGCUCUUUUGCAGAAACCCAAGUUAAGAUGAUUAGGAUGAAGCUGAAUUCCUUUCUUACAUACUUUCUUAUACUUCGUAUAACAGGUGUAUCAAUUGUAGAAUAUUCAGUCUUACACGGGUCCUCUGAAGAAGUGUUGUUGCUCAAGUCAACUUGGACAUCGACUGUUAUAGCUUCUUGCAAUUGUGCUGCAAACUAUUGUCCCAAGGGAGCAUCCAGGAUGUUUAUUCUUUUUACUUUUUUUUGUUUUUUUUUUUUUUGCUCGGAAUUAAAUUAGGGCAUUCCUGUUAAGCUUAGAAAUAAAUAGUGUGUUCUGUAGUAGAGCAUCAUUUUUUCAUAAUUUAUGUAAUGAAAAAUAAGCCUGACGAACUUAGAAAGAGUUAGUAUGGUUUUGGAGAUAGCAGGGCCGAAAAAAGGUAGUACCAUGUUGAAAGGCUGAUAUCAUAUAGUGAAUUUGCUUCAUGAGUUGAUUUUUCUGGUUUGAUUACUACAUUGUUAACUGUACAAAGUGAUAUAAUGUAAUAAACAUCAGUUCAGAAUUCCUCCCAUUCAA